GGAUUUGUUGGAGACUAUAAAUAAGCCCCUUCUCCGAUCAAUUUAUACAUCAGGAAGAGGAGAAGAGAGGAUUAGUUCUCACUCUAAUUGCUCGAUCUCCUCCUUUUUCAUCGCUAUUUCAAGCCCAAGCCAAGCCAAUAAAAAGGCCAUAUAUAUAGUUUUUUGAGUUACCUUGUUGAAUACUUGCAAAUUGCAGUAGACAACGUCUCAGAACGUCAAAGGUGAAUGCAAGUAGAGAUAGGUAAAAGCAGAAUGUCGAGCAAGAUCGUCAACCCUAAUUCAAACCGCCGUCAUUGUCGUCGGUGCUUAUCCUCCGCCAUCAAUGUCUUCUGUCUCACCAUUGGAAUCCUUGGAUUCCUCAUCGGAGCCAUGACUUUAUACAACUACAGCGACUUCAACCUAACCUCUUGGCAUGAUGACUGGAUUGUGGGCAGAUCCGUUGCGCCCGCACCCGGCCUCAGCAAGAGGCGCCGGGUGCUCGGAUUUGUAGGGGUGCAGACGGGGUUCGGAUCGACGGAGAGGAGGAGAGCCCUCCGAAAGACCUGGUUCCCUUCCGACCCUCAAAGCCUCCGCCAACUUGAAGAAUCGACGGGUUUGGCUUUUCGAUUUGUGAUAGGGAAGACGGGCGACGAGACCAAGAUGGCGGAACUUAAGGGAGAAGUUGAAGAGUACGACGACUUCUUGAUGUUGGACGAUAUCGAAGAGAGUUACAGCAAUCUCCCCACCAAGACCAUCUCGUUCUUCAGAGCGGCGUACGAAUCGUUCGACGCCGAUUUUUAUGUCAAGCUUGACGAUGACGUUUAUUUAAGGCCAGGCCGGCUCUCUCUCCUCUUGCAAAGAGACCGCCCCCACCCCCUCACCUACAUCGGGUGCAUGCACAAGGGUCUGGUCUUGACCGACCCGGCACAGAAGUGGUACGAGCCUCGAUCGAACUUGCUCGGCCGUGAAUAUUUCUCGUACGCUGGUGGCAGUAUCUACGCGCUAUCAUACGAAGUUGUCGAGAACUUGGUUAGCUUGAGAAGAGACGUUGUUCGUCUCUUCAACAACGAAGAUGUGAUGAUCGGGGCUUGGAUGCUGGCCAUGAACGUCCACCACGAAGAUGACCGGGCACUCUGCGAGCCUGAAUGCACACCGUCGUCGGUGGCUGUCUGGGAUAACGGGUGCUCAGGGCUAUGCAAUCCGGAGGUGAGGAUGUUGGAGCUACACGAACAAGAAAUAUGCUCGAGUAAUCCCAGUUUUUAAUAAUAAAUAAAACAGUCACUGUGACAUCACAAAUGUAUUUUUUUUCCUUGUAUACAGAGGCUAUUAUGAUCAAUAGUUAAGCAAUUGCGUUGAGAAAAAUGUUGAGUUUCAGUUAUGCCUUUGACUUAGUAAUAUCAA